GACUCAACGACGACGCCAUCGGUCCCAUCGGAGUCGUGCGACAUCGUACCGCCAUCUCGUCAUGAGAGCCGCCACUUCGUUUGUAGUGCUGUGUGCAGUUGGGCUGCUUCGCAUCAACGUGGCACAGUAUCUCGCCAACUGUCAAACUCCGGUCGGUGAAGGGGGAACGUGUGUGCUAGUGCGCGAGUGCCCCUUCGCCCGCGCCGUGCUGAAGAAGAAGGAUCACUCCAACAACGACAUCCGCUACCUGGAGGCGGCCCGCUGUGGGCAGCUCGAGACGAAGGUACUGGUCUGCUGCAACGAACCGAACGUGACGCAGACGGCGGAACCGGUCGACCCGGAAACGAUUGCUGGGCUGGUGGAAAAUCGGUUCGGUACGCGGGAGGAAAAGCGAGACCUACUACCGACGGACUGUGGUCAAGCUAGUCACGAUCGAGGUCCGAUCCCGGGCGCGAGGGCCAAGCUCUUUGAUCACCCGUGGAGCGUACUGAUUCAGCACCGGAAUAAGGACGGCGAAGCUCGAUUCCACUGCGGAGGAGCCCUGAUAAGCAAUCGAUACGUGAUAACGGCGGCCCACUGCAUCAUGGGCAUGAAGAAAAGCUGGACCAUCACCCAGGUACGGAUCGGUGAGUGGAACCUCAGGACAGAUCCCGACUGCUCGAACGAGCGCCCCGAUGGCUACCUGGAGUGCGCCGAUCGUGUACAGGACAUAGCCAUCCAGAAGGUCACGAUCCCAUCGAACUACAGCGGUCCCGGUUCCGCGGAAGUGCAGCAAGACAUUGCAUUGCUCCGGCUGGCCCGAAGGGUAGAGUUCAAUUCUGCCGUGGCGCCGAUCUGCCUGCCGCUCGAUUUGGAGCUACGCAACGAGCUACACGUCGAAUCGGGACGCUUCUUCGAGAGUGGCUGGGGCAAGACGAUCGACGCCGGCGGUACCGAUUUGAAAAUGAACUACUUCUCCGCGGGCGUCCCACGGGGCGUGUGUCGAGAAAAGUAUCCCCAUGUGAACGUGGGCGAAGGGCACAUCUGUGCCACACCGCAGCAGGAAGCGGACACGUGCCGGGGUGACUCCGGAGGCCCGCUGAUGUUCCGCCACUCGAAGGGAGCGCUGUACCUCGUCGGUGUCGCCAGCGUUCGCAAAGGCUGCGCCAUCACCGGAGAGCCGGCGGUCUACACCAACGUGGGCUACUUUGUUGAUUGGAUCGUCGAUAAUCUCGAACCGUAGGGUGCUCAUCAAAGUAUUAACCGGAGUGUCUUCGAGGGACACUCUUGUAAACGGGUGAAAAAUUACAAAACAGCUGUUCGAAUAAACGUCAAAAUUCGGUCCAAUGCGGCCAGUUCCGUGGUCCGGGUCCACUUGAAAGGUCAUAAAAUGAACGAACCAGAUGUUAACAAACUAGCGCGAUGAACGAUAAUUGCGUUCCGAUGGAUGAGAUUUUGCAAAUUGAGCUGAACAACAAGUCGGCCGGAUUCCCCAACACCGACCCAAAUGCGUUCGCCAUUGGGGAAACCUUUGCCAAAAAUCUCCCAACUUUCACCGACGAUGAAGACCCGUACACGGGUACCCUUUCCAAUUUUAUGCCUCAGAGCCGUCCGCAACCCCUAAUUUACGAUCCAAACAACAUGGGCGAGACCUUUAGCGGAGAAUGUUAUGACCCUGCUCCGCUUGUGGGGAUAAGGUAAACACUCGGAUGAUCCGUUACCUCCAUCCUUCAUCCGGGCACCCAUCCUGUGGCCAUCCGUCAGGAUGGGAUGGAGGAUUAAUUUAGAGCCAAGCCACCCGGCGUGGUUUGUUUAACAUUUUGCACCGCAUGAUCGAACCCGUUAAGGUGCGCGAUCGUAAAAAGAGGUUUUAUUUGCCAACCGGGCAGUUCGGCCACUCCCUACGUUACACAUCAGAUACUUACCAGUGCGGCUUCCAGCGAAUUGAUGCACAGCUUACGAGCAAAGCACGAGCACUUUUUUGCUAAUAAUUUUCCCAAGUUUCUAUUUCGGUUUUAGCUUCGGUGCACGCGAGCAGAGCAGCAAAUAUUGGCGGAGUAUGUUGCAUAAUCAAUUAAAGCGUUGUAUGUUGGGCUUCAGCCAUUAGGCUGCACUGUUAAGUCCACAGUGCACGUCCUGCGGCACAGGGCAGGAAGGCACUGGCAGCGUUGCGAACACUAUAGGCACCUUCCGGGCUUCGCUAUUUGUAUUUUCAGCGCUAUCCGGGAUUGUAUUUUCAGCUUUCGCGUCGUCCUGCCUGGAAUCUAACAACCUGCGGGGGACAAAACGCGCUAGUUGGUCUAAUUUGUCGUAAGGCGGAAAAAACGGACUGUCUGUCUCGAUGAACUUCAUGAGAGAUUGCAGUUCCGCGCCCGAAAGUACGAAAUAAACUCGUCCAGAAUUUGGACGGGAUAGACCGGCGGAUGCGUGCAGUUCGGAACAUGCGUUGGUUUGCAUUUUCUACUCUUUAGUACCGAUGCUCGUAUUAUAUAAUCGUCAUGAAAGGUUUUUGUGUUAGGAAACUGUUUUAAACUCUUUUUGUCAAGCCCUUGACCAAAACUUCGAGCCUAACCAUUCAAAUACAAAAACUUCACCAAGUGGUUCAACAAAGUGCAAACGCUUCAAC